UGGGAACACACAGGGGGUGGUGCUGUAUUGUUUCACUAAGUGUGGGCUGACAGUGCCCUUUGGGUGUGUGUGUGUGAAUCAAGUGUACAAGUGAGGUGUUAGACCCCUAGUGUGUACUGUGCUGCUUAUUUGUGAACCCCCAGUAUUGAACCAUGAACAGUGAAGCAAAUGCCCGGCGCAUUGCUAUGGUGGAGUCCUGCUUUGGGACGUCAGGACAGCCACUCAAUGAACCAGGACGUGUCUUAGUGGGGGAGGGAGUGCUUACCAAGAUGUGCCGAAAGAAACCUAAACCUCGACAGUUUUUCCUAUUUAAUGAUAUUUUGGUAUACGGCAAUAUUGUACUCAAUAAAAAGAAGUACAACAAACAACACAUAAUUCCCCUAGAGGAGGUCCAGCUGUCCUCACUAGAAGAUGAUGGUCAAUUCCGGAAUGGCUGGUUGAUAAAAACGCCAACGAAAUCAUUUGCGGUUUAUGCUGCCACGGCUACGGAGAAGGCAGAGUGGAUGGCCCAUAUUAACAAGUGUGUCACUGAUCUUCUGCGCAAGAGUGGGAAGAAGGCAGCAGAGAAACACGCAGCUGUAUGGGUACCAGACAGUGAAACUCAGGUGUGCAUGCAUUGCAAGAAGACCCAGUUCACUUUAAUAAACAGGAGGCAUCAUUGCCGAAAGUGUGGGAAGGUCGUGUGUGGACCAUGUUCCAGUAAGAAGGUGAUACUGACUCAUCAGUCAAACAAACCCCUCCGUGUGUGCCUUACCUGCCACGAUGAGAUGUCCUCAACGCAAUCACAGACUGGCAGUGCGACACCUAUUAAUUCAAUGGCAGGUAGGAUGGAUGACAUCAUCUCUGAACCAGAAGAUGAAGAAAGGGACAAAGAUUCUUGUGAUGAGGAAGUGACCAUUGCCUUGAUGGAAGAUCCUUUUGAAAAUCUGGGCCCCUUGCCACCACCUCGACGCCCAAGUCGUGCUCGCACCUUGGACGAGGAGGAAGACUCAGGGGAAAAGAGCAAAGAGGGUGAUCUUAUUGAUAUAAGCUGUGACUUAUUUGGUGAGCCUUCUGGGGAUCAGGAUGACGACGCUCCUCCUCCAACUCUUUGGUGGGAUGACAUUGACUUGAAGGACCCAGUGUCUGACGGCAAUGAAGACGAAGAUGUGAAGGACCCAGUAUCUGACAACAGUAAUGAGGAAGACUUGCAGGCCCCAGUGUCUGACAGCAGUAAUGAGGAGAAAGACUUGCAGGUCCCAGUUUCUGACAGCAAGGAGGAGAAAGAUAUGAAGGAUCCUGUGUCUGGUGGCAAUAAUGAGGAAGAUAUGAAGGAGCGUAACAAUGAUUCAUCCGGAGACGACGACUCGGACGAAGACACAGACGACCCCUUGCUCCAGUCCCCACAGUCUGCCACAGAGACGAUGACAUUCUACGAGGGGGGUGACGCAAGCAACGGAGAGGCUCCGUCCAUGUUAGAUGCCUCCGUUUCCUCGGCAGUUGACACAACAUCAACCCCUGACACCUCAAUGAAAGAAACAACAGACGCCCCCAAGACUGAUGAUGAUAAGUAACGAGAGGCCUUACAGAAUUCUUUAAGAUUGAUUGAUAAAAAGUUUUCAGUGUAAAAAUCUGAAAGAGCAGCAGGACAACAGGAGUUUUUAAAAGUGAAUUUUAUCAGGAAUUUUCUUUUCAAUUAUAUAUUAUAUUUAAAUUCCAGUCAAAUAAUCAAAACUACAACAUUCAGGAUUUUUUAAGUGAAAAUUGGUUAGAUCUGAAAAGCUGGAACAAAUAUAAAUACUGUACUGUAUAUGUAAAUGGAACAAAAUUAGAAAAUUGAUGUGAGGGAUUAUAAGUGUGAUAUUAAGUUUACUGUAUUAGGUAUUUGACAAAGUUAUGCAUAAGUAAUAAUUUUUAAAAUUUGAAAAGAUUUAUUUUAGUAAAGAGAAUUAGUGUUAUGAAUACAAACAACAGUAGAAGCUCACUCUUCUCUGGCAAUGUGAUGAAGUUCAGGUAAAUAUGGCUUAGUGUAACAAGGUACAGUAUUUCAGAAUAGAUAUGAAUUUGAAUUGCAAAUAUAGUACAGUAAUUUGAUGACCACUAACUUGACCUUUUUAUAAUCAAUGUUUUCCACUUGCCAACUCAGAAAGAAAUCAGAUUUUAAAAACUUUGCAUAACACAUAUUUUUGCCUUAAUGCCGUAUGCUAUUUGGAUUUUUUAUGUCAUUUAUAGUGUAGUAUAUGCGGAAUUAACUUGACACAGGAAAACGUCCAAAAAACACAUUGUGCCGUCACUCAAUAUUUGAUUUUGAAGGUUUAAUGGUAAUAUUGUUUUAUCAUUGUAGUUUAGUUUGAGUGCAGACUUCUUCCGUGUGUAAGUUAUUUCCUCAAACACUCGAGUGCUGAAUAUUUCCCAGCAGUCAACUAUAAGGGUGUGUCAGAUGCCUCAAGAUGACAGAGAGAAGGCAGAUGUUUAUGCCAGUUAUUUUUGUAGUAAUUUUAACCCUAAACACCAUAUAACUUUUUUUCUUUCAUAGUAAUCAAAAAGUCUUUAGAUAUACCUACUGCAAAGUCAUGGUAGAAUUUCACUCAUACCUAUUUUAAGAUUUUCCCCCCAUUUGAAAGGUAUCUAUAUCCUUUCAAAAUAUGAAGUCAGUGACUGGAAGAUCUGCAGAGCCUUGAAGUAUGUAUUAGGCUUUUCAGAUUUGAAGGUUUUACAAUGGUACAACAAAAUUUAGCUUGUUUGCCAUUUGCCUUAUUAACCCCUGGGCUUUGGGCUAUGGUCGGCAUCUCCUCCCCCCAAUGCUGAUACAAAUGCGGGAACAUUUAAAAAACAAUUAAAAAUCAAUUUUGGUCUUACAAACUGGCGAUGUAUGAUAUAAACAAGAAAUAAAUACAUGUCCUUACCACAGGUUGUCAACACAGGGACUAGGAAGAGUCUAGAAUGUUCUUGAAUUGUGUGUGUGUGUGUGUGUGCGUGUGUGGGUACAUGCGUGCGCGCACUGCGAUGCGAUGCGAUGCUAUGCGAUGCGGUAGUACGAGGUAAACAACACUAAUCUGUAGGUAGUGUGUGCUACAAGACACUUGUUUUACUAUGUUAUUACUAUUUACAUUACUGUAUUAAAAUUAUUAUUGCCGCUCCAGUAAUUGAUCACGAUACAAAACAUGUGCUCAGGGGUUAUGUAUAGAAACACAGGGUGAAGUGAGUAAAGUCCAAGGGCAAGAUUCCUACAUCACAAAAGUUUAGAAGAGACUGGGAGGCUUUCAUGUGUGAGUGAGUGAGUGAGUGAAAGAUAAAUACCUACUUGGCAACAUAUCUAGCCAGGCCCGCCCUUUUUAUUCAAAUAGGCCCGUGGAUGAUCAAAGCGUCAUAUAACAUUACCCGAAGCUCUACAGAUGCACUUCAUAUGACAUAACCCAAAACCUAGGAGUUAAUAGAAGGCAGUAUUGAGAUUUGUGAAUCUUUAAAAAAAAAAGUUAGUUUUUCUGGAGUAUAAAUUUGGUAUUUUAUGGUGAUAUACAUUUAGUACUGACCGACCGUCAACACAGCAGUCUCCUUGGUAGCUUCGAAAAUGAAGACUCGUUCGUUUUCAAAUUAUAUGAAUUCAGUUGUGCUUGGAAAAUUCUUUAGAUCUGUCCAAAGUUUUCAUGUGUUUACAAAGUUUAUUAAUGAGAUUUUAGUGUGUAUAUCUUGUAACCUAUUGUUAUCUGUCUUGUAUAUUCAUAACUAUAUAUAUAUAUAAAUUCAUGUUGACAUAGUAGUAUUAGUCAGUUAUUCAUUAAAGGAAUUAGUUACAUAAAAGACAGAUUCUUCAUGAUUGAGAUCACUUAUGCCAUGAUUAAUAUUAAGUCUUCUCCUCUUUAAAGUUCUCAUGGUACAUAUAAAUGUUUCUGAAGCUGACAAACAAAUAUAGAGUCAGUUGGUUUAUGCUGAAGCCUUGUCCAUUUUAUCUCUUAUAUAUACGUUAAUAAAUUACUUCAAUGAUGAAUACAAAUACAGUAUAUUCCACUGGAUCUACAUUGAUGUAAAUGCAAGGAAAAGCUUAUUGUAGUGUGAUACAAUAGAUUUGGAUGCAUUCCAUGUAGUCAUACAUAAUCUUAUUUCAUCGUAUACUGUUGCCUCCACGUGAACGUACCACAACCUGGGAGUGUGUGAGGCCACGGAUAUGAGAUGUGGCACCACAGGUUUCUAGUCCUGGCCAUGAAACCCUGGAUUACCCUGUUUGCCAGCUUAGGUUUCAUAAAUAUCUGCAAGAAUAUAAAAACAAUAAUAAUAUAUAAAGCAUCCAUGUGAGAAGUGUUCUUCACCAUUGAUGUGUGACCACGUAAACAAGGUAAUUUCACUGUUUCAUACCCAUUCGUUCAUCCCUGACUAUGGUGCUGUGAUGCCACAUCUCGUACCCAAGCCCUCACACACACUCCCAGGCUGUGGUAUAUCCUUGUGGAGGCAACUGUUCAUUGUUUCCACCUUUUAUUAAUGGCAGUUUAGCCAACACUCCAUAUAGUUUACCAACAAACUUGUUAUGGAUAUGUACAGUAUACAAUUAAAUUUUGUCACACCAAGUGAGUGAUGAGGAUAAAUAAUGCUGUUGAAUAGUGCAACUGAUGAAUGAUAAAUGCAGGAACUUGUUAAAAGCCAGAAUGCUGAUGUAGUACACAAAUAACUAUAUCUACAAUCAUGCAUAUUUUCAGACUUAGGUCAUUGGUAUGAGCACUUUUUCCUUUUAUAAUUAAAUGUAGGUUUCUCUUCUUUCAUAGAUAAUAAUUACAUUUUAAAUACUGUACUUCUGUGAUGCAACAGAUGGGACAUUUCUGUAUUGAUUUCCAGAAACACAAUAUGUGCCCUCCAGAGUUUGUGCCUUGUGUGUGAAGUGAUAAAAAAUGCAAAAUAAACAUUCACUAGAGUAAAUGUACAGGUAUUGCAUAAUGUAAGUCAGGAUUUUAUGUUCAAACUCUUUGGUGUAAUACAUGUAUAUCAUUAACCAUGUUAUGAUAAUGCAAUUUUAACCAUCAAUGUAUGUGAUUACACAGCUAACAGUUGGAGGCUUCUUGUUGAAUCCUGAGAUAUUCUGUUAAAUUUUAAACACUUGUUUUAAUAAAAUCUGUUACAAAGUGAUGUGAUAGUGCCUUACAAACUACUCUGUUAAAAUCCAAUGCCAAAUUACAAGUGAGAGUUGCUGUUUGUAUUUUUAUCAAAUAGAUUUUUGGAGAUCACCUGUACUGUACAGUGUGAUUUCAUGUUUGGUGGAAGGAGUCUCCUGAUACCUGUACAAGAAAUAAUGUAAAGUUUGUGUAUCUUUUGUCUUGAUUAUUUUUUUUUUUUUUUUAAGAUGUUUGCAUUUUUCUUGUUUUACACCUAAGAACUUUCAUAAAUAAACUAGUGAAGCUCGGGUUACACACCUCAUCAUUCUGUAUGCUUGUGCUGUACUCUGUAUGAUCUGUAUGAUCUGUUACACCCAACCUGAUAGAGAAAAUUAAAAUCCUGACUAAAAAUUUAUCUGUUUAAUAGUUCAUUUGCUUUUAUUUCUUGCAUUUUAUGAAACUUAUUACUUAGAUAUCAUAACAUGGUUGUUUUACUUAAGUAAAUAAUUCUGGUAAAGUAUGUCCAUAGAGCUGAUACAUUUGUAUAUUACAUCAUAAGAUUGUUAAAAUUAUGUCUUCCAGGUUGGUCUGGGGUUAAAUUUCAUAAUUCAUUUGAUAAUAAAUGCUUAUCUCUUUA